CAAAAAGAAAUCAAUUUCUUCCACAGGAGAGAGAAAGAGAGAGGGAGAGAGAGAUUUUCUUGUUACGCUGUUUGUUUCUCGGGAAAACUGAAACGACACAAGAGUGGAGAAACUGUGCUGUGUUGGUUUUUUUUCUCGGGAGACUCUUGUUUGGUUCCCGAGAAAGUGAGAAGCUUUCCGAUCAGACAAAGGCUUUCUUUCUCCCAGUGGAUUUAUUAGAAAAUGAGACCAAGUAGUUCAGUUUCUGAAGAACAUCAUCGCGAACUGGGGAUUCUACGAGGAGCUUAUUCCGACACCAACUCCGACACCGAGAGCAUCGCCAGCGACAGAACCGCGUUUAGCGGCCCACUGGGCGGCGGAAAACGCGGGUCCAAGAAAAACGCCAGAUUCGCUCCCGACCUCCCGAAGAGGAGCCACAGCGUGAGCGGCGUCAGCGUGAGCGGUAGCGGCAGCGGCGCCAGCGUCGCGGACGAUGAGUACGUUGAGAUCACUCUCGACAUCCGCGACGACGCAGUCGCGGUUCACAGCGUUCAAAAUGCUGCGAUUGGCGGCCGCGACGGCAGUGAGGACCCCGAGCUCGCGCUCCUGACGAAGCGAACGCUAGAGACGAGCCUCAACAACUCGUCGUCGCUCGGGUUCCUCCGUAGCACGUCUUCCCGAAUCAAGCACGCCUCUCGGGAGCUGCGUCGCGUUUUCUCCAAACGCCCGACCGCGUCUGCCGGCCGGCGUUUCGACCGGACGAGAUCCGCCGCGUCUCAUGCUCUAAAGGGUCUAAAGUUCAUUGCCACCAAGACGGCCACGUGGCCCGCCGUCGAGAAGCGGUUCGACGAGCUCUCCGGUCCGACCAAUGGCCUCCUCCCCUCGUCCAUGUUCUGGGAAUGCAUUGGGAUGAAUAAGGAGUCGAAAGAUUUCGCCGAUCAGCUUUUCCGGGCACUUGCUCGCCGGAAUAAUGUCUCCGGAGACUCAAUCAACAAGGAGCAGCUCAGAUUCUUCUGGGAACAAGUCUCAGAUGAGAGCUUCGAUUCUAGACUCCAAGUCUUCUUCGACAUGGUGGAUGAAGACGCCGAUGGGAGGAUAACGGAAGAAGAAGUCGCGGAGAUUAUUAGCCUAAGUGCUUCGGCAAACAAGCUUUCCAAUAUACAAAAGCAGGCCAAGGAGUAUGCAGCUUUAAUAAUGGAGGAGCUGGACCCCGACGACGCUGGUUACAUAAUGAUCGAGAACCUGGAAACACUUCUGUUGCAAGCACCGAACCAGUCGGUCCGGCUAAGCGACAGCAGAGUACUCAGCCAAAUGCUGAGUCAGAAACUCAAACCGACGCAAGAGAACAACCCUCUUGUCAGGUGGUCGGAAAAGGCCAAAUACUUCUUCUUGGACAACUGGCAAAGGGUUUGGAUCGUGGCCCUGUGGCUCGCCAUCUGCUGCGGACUCUUCGCCUACAAAUUCGUUCAGUACCGGAACAAAGAGGCUUACGACGUCAUGGGGUACUGCGUCUGCGUCGCCAAGGGAGGGGCCGAGACCCUCAAGUUCAACAUGGCUCUUAUAUUGUUGCCCGUUUGCCGAAACACCAUCACUUGGCUCAGGAACAAGACCAGGCUUGGAGUCGUUGUCCCCUUUGACGACAAUCUCAACUUCCACAAGACUAUCGCGGGAGGGAUAGUUGUGGGAGUGAUCCUUCACGCAGCCACGCAUCUGGCGUGCGAUUUUCCGCGGCUAUUGAGCGCCGACGAAGAGACAUAUGAGCCGAUGAUAAAGUACUUUGGGGAGCAGCCGGACAGCUACUGGCAUUUCGUGAAGGAAGUGGAAGGCGUGACGGGAAUUCUAAUGGUCGUCCUUAUGGCCAUAGCCUUCACAUUGGCCACGCCUUGGUUCCGUCGAAACAAGCUCAAUUUACCGAGUUUUCUCAAGAAACUAACCGGCUUUAACGCCUUUUGGUACUCUCACCAUCUGUUCGUCAUCGUCUACGCUCUUCUCAUCGUCCACGGUAUCAAGCUUUAUCUUACCAAGACUUGGUACCAGAAAACGACAUGGAUGUACUUGGCUAUACCGAUCGUCUUGUAUUCGUGCGAGAGGCUGAUCCGUGCGUUUAGAUCGAGCGUCAAACCGGUUAAGAUUCUCAAGGUUGCAGUAUACCCCGGAAAUGUACUUGCACUUCACAUGACAAAGCCGAACGGGUUCAAGUACAAGAGCGGGCAGUACAUGUUCGUGAACUGUAGGGCGGUUUCUCCAUUCGAAUGGCAUCCGUUCUCGAUCACGUCCGCACCCGGAGACAAUUACCUCAGCGUCCAUAUCCGUACGCUCGGUGACUGGACCCGUCAGCUCAGGACCGUUUUCGCCGAGGUUUGUCAACCUCCUCCGGCGGGAAAGAGCGGAUUAUUACGAGCGGAAGGGACGAGCAAUGUGGCAUUCCCGAAGAUCUUGAUCGACGGUCCGUACGGAGCGCCGGCACAAGACUACAAGAAGUACGACGUUGUACUUCUUGUCGGGCUAGGAAUCGGGGCGACGCCCAUGAUCAGCAUUGUCAAGGACAUCAUCAACAACAUGAAAACAUCAUCGACGGAGGAAGACGAGAUGAUGGAUCACAUCGAAAACGGAUCUAAUCAAAACAACAGCAAGAACAGCAAGGCCGACAAGGAGAAAGGGUUUAGGACAAGGAAGGCGUACUUCUACUGGGUGACGAGGGAACAAGGGUCGUUCGAGUGGUUCAAAGGGAUAAUGGACGAAGUUGCGGAAAUGGACGAGGAAGGAGUGAUCGAGCUCCAUAACUAUUGCACGAGCGUUUACGAGGAAGGCGACGCCAGAUCGGCUUUGAUCGCCAUGCUGCAGUCUCUGCAACACGCCAAGAAUGGAGUCGACGUCGUGUCGGGGACACGUGUCAAGACCCAUUUCGCUAAGCCCAAUUGGCGACAAGUGUACAAGAAGAUCGCUCUUCAUCAUGCCGAUAGCCGAGUCGGAGUAUUCUACUGUGGGGCCCCAGGGCUGACAAAGGAGCUUAGACAACUGGCUUUGGAUUUCUCUCACCGAACAUCAACUAAGUUUGAUUUCCACAAAGAGAACUUCUAAUUUCACUGUCCCAAGAUCGAUCACAUGAAAUCAGACAAGUGGAAUUUUCUCAAGAAAAAUAUCGAUAAUCUUGGGGCGUGAUUUAUAGCUUGGAGAUUAAAAUGUCUAUAUCUUAUUAAAUUACUUGGGUAUAAUAAAAAAAUUGCAAAUA